GUCUGUCUUAAUCUCAGAACAGGAACAUUCAUCUGAACCCCAUAGUUCACCUUUGAAGAACUCAUGGUUAGAUCCUCAAGAUCCUUUUUCACAGGAUUCAGAGCCUCGGCAUAAAAUAGUUGAUAGUCUUACCCAUGAUAAUGUAGACAAUUUACAUACCCAAGGCAUUUUUUCCUCUCCACCUCCAAAUCCUGUUCCCAUUAGUAUUGAUGUUCCUGAGCCUGUUGUAAGCUCUUCCUCUGUACCAAUAAAUGACUCCAUAUCCUUAUCUACUUCUAAUGCUGUACUUGGUACCACUGCCUCUCCGCAACUUUCCUCCUUCAACAACAUUCUUCUUGAUCUGGGCAUGAACCUCCCACAGGAGCUGCCGUCUGAUCCUGAUACAACGCUGGUAGAUGCACCUUGUGUAGAGUCUGCAAACAUGAGUAGCUUUGAUGCACCCGUAGAGGAUGCUGGUACCACUGACGUCACUGGUAUUGAUGACGUUGUUGGUACUGAUGACGUUGUUGGUACUGCAGAAUCUGUUGAUCAAUCACCACCACCUGCUAAUAGCACCAGUGAUAGUGUCCCUGCUACUAGUGAAGUACUUAUUGAAUCAUCAGUUGCUGCACAGGAGCUUGCUGAUACUGACCUUUCCUUGCAUGACUCCCCUACUUUCCUUGGUGAUGGGGACACAACAGAAAUUUGUCUCGAUGACACUGCAAAGGAUGUUCCCGAACCUCCUGUGCCAGCCUCCAGCAUUCUUCCUCCAAUGGGUGCACCCCUUACUCCACCAGUAGCUCCUAUUACUCCAACAGUCACUCCAAAUUUGACACCCAAUGUAACACCAGCUGCUCCUGCACCUAUCACUCCUAUUCCUGCUGUUCGGCAAUCACCUGAGGAGGUAUGUACUACUGAGGUACCUUAAACACCAUAUGAUUUU